AUGGCCAGAGAUUGCAGACAUAGUACAGGAAAUGGUCAGAGACUGCAGACCUGCUACAGGAGAUAGUCAGAGACUACAGGCAUACUACAGGAGAUGGUCAGAGAAUGCGGACAUAGUACAGGAGACAGUCAGACACUGCAGACAUAACACAGGAGAGGGUCAGAGGCUGCAGACAUGCUAUAGGAGAUGGUCAGAGACUGCGGAGAUAGUACAGGAGAUGGUUAGAGGCUGCAGACAUGCUACAUGAGAAGGUCAGAGACUGCGGACAAGAUACAGGAGACUGCACACAGGAUACAG